GAAGGGUCGGGACGGCGUGGGAGGAAUUAGAGCACCCGGAAAGGCCCCGGGUACCUGGUUACCGAGGAGCUGGUUCCUAGGAGUCAUGCCAGCUUAUAGUGCCGCAGAUGAUGCUCUGACAACCAAGUUGGUGACUUUUUAUGAGCACAAGAAGGAUUCCUCCGUCCCUUCUCACCAAGCGACUGUCCUCUUAUUCGACCCCAGAAAUGGUUCUUUAAAAGCUGUCCUAGAUGGGAGUGUCAUUACAGCAAAACGAACAGCUGCAGUUUCUGCAAUUGCUACCAAGUUGUUAAUGCCAGCUUUCACAGAAGUGCUAUGCAUUUUGGGAGCUGGUGUUCAAGCAUACAGCCAUUAUGAUAUCUUCACAGAGCUGUUCACGUUUAAAGAGGUCAGGAUAUGGAAUCGCACCAAAGAGAAAGCAGUGAAAUUUGCUAAUUCAGUUAAUGGUCCAGUGCAAGUCUGCUCUUCUGCUCAGGAGGCAGUUACUGGGGCUGAUGUGAUUAUAACAGUCACUAUGGCAACAACACCAAUUUUAUUUGGAGACUGGGUAAAACCAGGUGCCCAUAUCAAUGCUGUUGGAGCAAGCAGACCAGACUGGAGAGAACUGGACGAUGAACUGAUGAAGAAUUCUGUUCUGUUUGUGGAUUCCAGAGAAGCUGCUCUUACGGAAUCAGGAGAUGUUAUAUUAUCAGGGGCAGAGAUCUUUGCUGAGCUGGGAGAGGUAGUGAAGGGUACAAAACCAGCCUUGCCUGAGAAAACAACAAUUUUUAAAUCACUGGGGAUGGCGGUUGAAGAUACAGUAGCAGCAAAAUUUGUUUAUGAGUCGUGGUCAGCUGGUAACUAGAGAAGUCUACAAUGUCAAC